AGGAGUGAUUUGAGAGAAAUCUGCGAUUUUUUCGUAACCUUGCUCAAAUAAGCGUUGGUCGAGCGUGUGCUAACUAGUUUUCCUGUCGUGAGAAAGAAUGCUGCACCCCAAUAUGCUUUCUUCGUGGUUAUUACGCUCAGCUAGUAAGCUGACAUUUCCCACCCGUGCCUAUUCAAAUGUGGCCACUGCUAGCUCAGCCAAACUGCAGGAGCUGGCCCUGGAGGAAAAGUGCAUUCUGGUAAAUGAUCGCGAUCAGUACACCGGAAGUGCAUCUAAGCGGGACUGCCAUCGUGUCGAUCCUGAGGGUAACAUUCGUUUGCAUCGAGCUUUCAGUGUGUUCCUGUUCAACAGUGCCGGAGAUAUGCUGUUACAGCGCCGAUCCGUCCAUAAGAUAACAUUUCCCGAUUGUUAUACCAAUGCUUGCUGCAGCCAUCCGUUGUACGACAUCGAAGGCGAGCGAGAAGAGCUGAACGCGCUCGGUAUUCGACGUGCCGCCCAACGGAGAUUAAACUAUGAGCUUGGCAUCCCGAUGGCACAGGCACGACCGGAAAACUUCCACUAUGUUACCCGCAUUCACUACGCCGAUCGGGGCGAUGGUACGUGGGGAGAGCACGAAAUCGACUACAUUCUGUUCCUGCAGAAGGACGUCGAGCUAAAGCCAAACGAUAGCGAAGUGAGCGAGGUGCGUUACAUCCCAAGGAAAAGACUGAACGAUACGAUCGCUAAUCUCGACGCACCGCUAACGCCCUGGUUCCGGCUGAUCUUACAGCACCGUCUUCCACUAUGGUGGGAUAAUUUGCAUCGUUUAGAUAGCUACGAAAAUCACAAACGGAUUGAACGAUUCUAACCAAACGAAUAACAGACCAAAAUAGGGCAUUAUUGGGACAUACCAACAUAGGACUAAAUCUUAAUAGUCCCAUGCAAUAAUAAUAUUACUUCAGUACGGUUGCAGGGAAUAUUUAUGGUGGUUAGCAGAACAUUCGGAAGAAAUUGAA